AUGGAUAAGCGUAAAGGAGCAAUACCAAAAGCAACCAGAUCUACAUUUACGAUUCCUCCUUUUGCUGGUCGCUCUGGCAAAACAUCAAGAAGUCCACCAACAACAAGUCAGACAGCAAACACAACAUCCGUCGCAGCUGAUGAGUCAAUGUAUCAGUGUGACGUGUGCAAUAUCACCGAUAAAGGCGACAAAGUUUGCUGUGACUCGUGUACCUUAUGGUCACACUUUGCUUGUGUCAACGUAACCAGUGAUAUUGCCAAUCAUGAGUGGUUUUGUGGGAAGUGCCAACAAAAUAAGCAAGAGCCACUCAUCGCCUUGACUAGUGAAACGGAAGUUGCUGCCCCAAGCAACACAGAAUCAACUGCAAAUCCUCCGAACGUGACAUAUGCACAAAUUCCAGCAACGGACGUAGUUAAUCCUACCUUGCCACAACCGAGUCAGACAGUGGCUAACGAGCAAAUACAAAACAUCGAAACUCCUCUAACGCCUCCAAAAAUCAACGUCGAUCCAAAUCGUGCCCGUUCUUAUAGAUCGAAGUCGUCUACAUCAUCAGCUCGCAGAAAAGAUCUAGCGCUCACCGUGGCCAUUUUCGUCAUUGAUCCGGUUUAA